AUGCAGGACUCGCGCUUUAGUAGCGUGCACAGGCCGCGUCGGAUUGUCGGAGUUGCCGAUGCCGCUUGGCGCAAUGACAAGCUGCCUGUCGAGCCAAUCCGAGUCCCACCACAGCACGAAGUGCAUGCAGACGACAUGCCAGAAACAAGCUUGGAAGUCCUUCGAGAACGAGAGCGCCAGUGGCACGACUUGGCCCUUCCCACCUUUGAAGCUUCGCUGUUGUCUCGCCAACUUCGGAGAUGA